AUGAGGUCAAGGCUGUGGCCGUGGGUAUGGUUGUGGCUGGCUGGGCUGGGGCCCACAGAAACAGCUCCCAGCCCGGAGAAGGCCAAGACCUCAGCUCCAGAACCAGAGUCAGUCCUCUUCAUAGACAGACCUGACUUCUUUGAUUACCCCAACUCGGACCAUGCCAGCCUCCUGGCCGUGUCCCAGUUUAUCGGAGAGAAACCUGCCAUCUUUGUUGACCCAGGCUCCAGCGCUGACUUCUUCCACUACAUCCUGGUGACUGCACUGGUGCUGACCUUCCUCUUCCUCCUCCUUCAGUUCUGCACCCACAUGUAA